AUGUCGAGGAGGGUCGUAGUGACAGGGAUGGGCGCCAUAUCGCCACUGGGGAGCUCGAUAAGGGAGAGCUGGUCGACUCUAUUGGGCUCCGGAUCAGGACUUGCGCCGCUGACGUCUCUGCCAAACUACACCACGGAUUAUGCCCCGCUCGGUGCCUCGAUACCGCGUGGUCUAAGGGUAGCCCCCAUAACGGCGGCGUCUUCCAAUUUGAACGAUAUAGCAAAGAAACUCUUCUCACCGCAGGAUGAGAGACGGAUGACACCCAAUAUACGACAUUCAUUGCUUACCACGCAGAUGGCUUUAGAAUCUGCCCAACUGCUCACAUCCUGCAACUCGAUUAACCAGGACAUUAUUGAUCUGGGAAGAAUAAGCACGACCGUGGGCGUUGGAUUACCACCAGUCAAGGAAUUAUACGAUGCCACUGUACAGACCAAGAUAAACGGGAAGAGAUUGAACCCACUCUUCAUACCGCAGAUUCUACCAAAUAUGGUAGCGAGCUCCAUCUCAAUAAAAUUCAACACCUUGGGACCUACGCAGAGUAUAGCCGCGGCAUGUGCAACGGGGAACAAUUCCAUCAUCGACGGGUUUAACCACAUUAGAAACGGGUACGCCGACGUGGCCAUAGUGGGGGCCGUAGAUACAUCGCUACACCCAUUGACCGUUGCAGGUUUCCAUCGUUUGAAGUCCUUGUCCCCGGAGGGCCAGAGCACACCGUUUGAUGCCAAUAGAGAUGGGUUUGUCAUAGGGGAAGGUGCCGGCACCAUGGUUUUGGAGGAUUUGGAGCACGCUCAGAGACGCAAUGCACCAAUUUGGGCUGAAAUGAACAGUUUUGGUUGGACCAGCGACGCGUACCAUAUAACGUCCCCCAGGAGUGAUUCCACUGGAGUCUCGAGAGCGUUACAGAUGUGUUUGAAGAACGCAGGCGUCAAGAGUACCGAUAUCGAUUACGUAAAUGCACACGCGACGUCCACUCCAGUAGGUGACCAAGCAGAGUUGAGUGCUAUCAUGAAAACUCUAGUGGGAUCUUCAAAUUCCAGACAAACACCACUUUACGUGAGUAGCAAUAAGGGUGCGAUGGGUCAUCUACUAGGCGCGGCAGGCCUCGUUGAGUCGAUGUUCACCAUCCUUUCUCUGAAUGAGGGAUUAAUACCACAUACUUUGCACCUGCAGACUCCCAUUGUCCCCAACCAUACAAAUGGGAUACAUCUGGUGAAGAACGAACCCAAAGUGUUACCGGAAAUACAAUACGCCAUCUGCAACAGUUUUGGGUUUGGGGGUGUGAAUACAUGCAUUUUAUUCAAGAAAUGGUGA